CCUGCGCACAUGAGCACUGUCAAACAGCACCAUCAACAGACAGGGACAAACAGCCAGAGGAGAGGCACAAGCUGGCGUUUUGUUUACCUCCAAAAGAAGAUAAUUUUAUCUCAACAUGUCGGGAUUUGACGAGAACCCCUUUGUAGAUGCAGUGGAUGUCAAUCCUUUCCAGGAUGCCUCAGUCACACAAAUCACCAGCGGUGGGAUUGAAACCGUUGAGGAAUUCAACCCAUUCUCAGCCAGUGCUAUGGGCACCCACACUGGGACCACCAUCCCUAUCUCUGCUGCCUCCUCCCAACCAGCUGUCCUACAGGCUUCUGCUGUGGAGCCCACCCCACAAGCGACUGCGGCUGCUGCCCAGGCUAACCUGCUCAGGCAACAGGAGGAGCUGGAGAAGAAAGCUGCUGAACUGGAUCGGAAAGAGCAGGAGCUCCAGAACAGGCCUGGAGGCCACAUUACAAAAGAAAACAACUGGCCGCCACUUCCCAAGUUUUCCCCCAUAAAGCCUUGUUUCUACCAGGACUUCAACGAAGACAUCCCUGAAGAGUACCAGAAGAUAUGCAAGAGGAUGUACUACCUUUGGAUGUUUCACAGUAUCACACUCUUUCUGAACCUUCUGGCCUGCCUGGCCUACUUCACGGCCGAUCCAAACGCGGGGGUGGACUUUGGUCUGUCCAUCCUCUGGUUCGUCCUCUUCACCCCCGUCUCUUUCGUCUGUUGGUACAGGCCAGUGUACAAAGCCUUCAGGUCGGACAGUUCCUUCAGCUUCUUCUUCUUCUUCUUUGUUUUCUUCUUCCAAGUGUCUGUCUACAUCAUCCAGUGUGUUGGGAUCCCCAAGUGGGGGAACAGUGGAUGGAUUUCGUCCAUCACUAUGAUAAGAAGCAACAUGGCUGUAGCUGUGGUCAUGAUGGUUGUGGCCGGCUGUUUCACUGUGAACGCUGUCCUCGCCAUCAUCCUACUAAAAAUGGUCCACUCCAAGUAUCGUCGGACGGGGGCCAACUUCACCAAGGCCCAGCAGGAGUUCUCUUCGGGGGUCCUCACCAACCAGACCUUUCAGAGCGCCGCGGCCAGCGCCGCCUCCUCAGCCGCCCAGGGGGCCUUCCAAGGACGCUAGUGAUCCUAAAGCCACAGGGCCAGGUUCCUCCUAACCUUCCUAGGCACCUCUCACUCACUCAAAGCCCCGUUUUGUCUCAUGGCAACAGAAAUGGCUGACAGGACAGAAACUAGACUAGUAUACAGGAACAUUACAAUUUACUGCUGUAUCAUGGACAUUCUCUAACCACGGCCAUUGAUGCAUAAACCCAAUUCAACCUCUAGCCCUGUGUAUUCAAUGUGGUGGAAACUCUGCUUAGCUGAUCAGAGGGUAUAAAUGAAGCUAUUAUCAUGUUGAUUGGACUUAUCCAAGUAUCUGGGGGGUUGGUUUGGGGUGUCUAGCUGGUAGGGGGCUAAGGUUGGUUUGGGAUUGAGCACCAGAGUUUGGCAAAGUGUCCAUGUUGGUACCAAACAUUCCAUGACAAUAAUGUAAACUUUCAUUCUAAGUAGAAUGUGAUACGUUAAGAAAGCGAAUGCGUAAACCGUCUUGCUCGUCUCCUGUAGGUUUUAAUGCUAUUACACUAUGCUCCUAGUGAAUGAGGAAUGCUCUUCCUAGAAUACUUUACAUUGUCACUUUAAUCCUCACUAGAAUGAAAUAGUUUGGUACCAGCAUGGCGCUUAUUAUCAUAAAAAUACAAUCUCAAAUUAAGUUGUGUUCAGUAUAUCAAUUGCGCUGUCCCAUAGUCUAGUCUUUACCUCGUUAUGUUCUCUUCUUCCUCACUGUACUGCCCUAUCCAGACACUCAAGUCCUCUUCUCAGGACAUACUGUACCUUUUAACGCAGAGAUCUCCAACUCUAGUUGUGAAGAGCCACUGUUAGUGCAGGAUUCUGUUCUUUCCUAACACUAAAAGGGUUUGGGUACAAAAACAUUAGUGAAGUGGGCAUCUGAGGGAAAAACACUGAAAUGUCUACUGAAGGAAUUACAUUUUGUGAAGUUUACAUUGUUGUUGAGGUUUAUUUUUGCUCUGAUAUAUUGAAGGGAUGAAUGGUUUUAUUUUCCUUAGAUUUUUUUUUGUGAUUUCAUAUUUUACUGUUCUUCAAUCCCUCAGUAGGGUUGGACUUGCUGAAGUAUGAUAAGGCAACUGCUGUGUUUUUGUAGAUACGAUAAUGAAGAUAUUGGGUGACGGUUUAACUAAAUGGGAAUUACUCUAUACUCAGAUGUUAGUGCACCACCCCCUGUAUCCCUCCUACUGUACUUUAAAGUAACUGUCCAGUGAAAAUCUCACUUUUUAAAAGUUCAUGUUUUGUUAACUCCUACUCAAAUAAUGUUGUUGACUCAUCCUAUACUCAUAUUUUUGUCAAAACCAUAAAUUGGAGAAAAAACACUUCAAAACCCACCUCAAACAAUUUAAAAAAUGUUUGCUAUUUCCUCAGAGGAGGAUGAGCUGGCCAAUCAGUGGUCUACUCGCAGUCAUAUUUUUAAUAACCGGUAUACGCCCACACCAUUCUGUUGUGAUACGCCCACACCAUUCUGUUGUGAUACGCCCAUACCAUUCCAACACAGAAUAGCUGUUUUGUUUAUCGUACUUAUUUAUUUUAAUUGGAAGGAAAACUAUUUGUCAUAUUGUGAAUAAUAAUAGGUAAUAUUUCAUAGAAAUAUUGAAACACGGGACAGUUUCUUUAAUGAACAUAGAACUACAUUUUGGAGGUGGUGGCUUUGGUAUUAUGACGUCAGGACAGGUGGGAUCUUUUCUUACAAAUCAGACAAAAGACUAGUUAGUCUUAAAUUGACACUUAAUUCUUCUUUCUCUAUGAAUGAGAUACAGACCAGUCAAUGUGGAUACUGUGGCAUGCUCAUGGACAUUUUUGGAAGAUUGAAUGUAUUUAGUGCAUGAAUGAACAGGUGAAUGUAAUAUAGGUACAGCCAUGUGAGAAUGAGUGCGUGGAUAGAAUGAGCUGACAGGACAAAUGAAUUAAAGAUUUGACUAAUUACA